CUGACGCGCCCAGUGCUCACCACGAUUGCUCAGCAGGUCCUCCGCCCGUCACUCCAAAUCGAUGCUCCCCAGUCUAUAUAGAGGCUUCUCCUCCUGGUUCUCCCACUCUGCUUCCAACCCAGUAAGCAUCCCCGCCGUCGUCUGUCGUAAUAGCCACGGAACCUCCAUCUUCAUCCCAUCCUUCUCCCUAUCAGCUCAAAGUCAUGGCCGUCAAGGAUCUCGUAGAGAACUCCAUCGCGGAGAACAAGAUCGUCAUCUUCUCCAAGACUUGGUGCCCCUACUGCAAGCGUGCCAAGGCUCUGCUCACCUCCAAGUUCCCCGAUGCGCAGACCAAGAUCGUAGAGCUUGAUGAGCUUGACGAGGGUUCUGCAGUUCAGGACUACCUCGAGGAGAAGACUAGCCAACGUUCCGUCCCCAACAUCUUCAUCAACCAGAAGCAUGUCGGUGGCUGCGACACCGUCGUCAGUCUCGACUCGCAGGGCAAGCUCGCCAGUCUCGUCUCGGCCUCGGCGUAAGCAUUCGUGGCCUACUGCCUUACUUUUCCCUCGUCCGUCACCGUUUGACGCCUCGUGUUCCUGCAUAGUCGACUACCUUCACGUAUGUAGUGGAUGGAAGAUCAAUAAAUAUGUACUAUACUUCGAUUCAUUGCUGUGUGAAGUGGUGGCACGGCACUAGGUCAAUAUUAGUGGCUUCUUCGAUUUCCG